GGUAAUAUCAUGUUUUGCCCACAACUGCCACGCGUGCUCCACCGUGAACCAGGCCUAGCGUGUGUCGCAAGGCCAAGUCUGCCUUACACUUGAAUAUGUCUACCAACUCUGAGUCGGCAACUUGGACGAGCACGAAAAGUUCUCUUUCCAUACUUGCCGUGAGCGUCGCGCUUUCUUUGUUUACGACUGCCUACGAAAAUUCGAUCAUCCCGCUGUUUGCCAGUGUUCCGACUCUAAAAUACCUUGGUUAUGUCGUACACACGAGCACAGCGUUUGCCAUUAUUACCCCAAAUCUUUCGAGUUCAAGAAUCCUCUUGAUUCUCAGCUGUCUACUUCUUCUAGCACCUCACACCUCUUAUUGGAUCAGUGUUCAUGCUGCUAGGUUCAAGGAUCCCAUUUACAGUCCUCUCGUCACCCAUGCCCUUGUAUUGGCUCCCGUUGUGUACUUCUCAGUGUCUUUGGCGAUGAGCGUUGAUCCUACUUUGGCCCUCAUAGUACUCGCCGCUAAUGCACUACAGCUUCGUCCACUAUUAAUGCUAGUGUUCAGUGCAUUAUCGGUAGAUGCCUUGAACAAUGUUAUUUUCAUUGCAUUGGGAUGUGUAUGUCUUGCCGUGUACGGUGGGAUUAAAGUCGAUGUGGGCAGACGUAACACUCAUCCGAAUGCCCGAAACACUCGAUUCACGGUGGCCUUGAGUGCGAUCCCCCUAGUCUUGACUGUGCUUUUAAAUCUUAAUCCAGCUCUCCGAUCCCCGACGCUCGUAAAUUCCAUUGUUACACCAUACAACAGUCCAACAUAUCCGCUCCGUAUCCUGAAUUCAACCCAGUCCAAGACUGGUGUAGUAGUGGUUGGCGAGAUCUUACCUCCGGCCGACAUGGGCUCGACUCCUCUUCACUCUAUCCGUUACCUUCGAGCAUCUCACUCGUUACUGGGAGGUGUAUGGAUCGGGGACUUGGUGACCACACUCGACAGUUUUCCUCCGCUGACCGACCAAUAUGGUACUCCUUUAGGAGAUUCGAUCUACAGCGCAUUCGUUCUUCAGGAGGCAGUGCGGCUUGUCAAUAGUACUCCGCAGGGAAGGAAGGGAGAGUGUAAUGAUGCGCUCAUAAUCGGUCUUGGCACCGGGAUCUCAGCAAAUGCGUUUGCCCAACAUGGCAUAACAACAACUAUUGUCGAAAUCGAUCCUGCUGUGUACGAUGCUGCACGCCAGUAUUUUGGCCUAUCAGAUCCUGGUAACAAUAAUGUGUUUUUGCAGGAUGCGAGAGGGUGGGUCAGAAGCAGGAGAGCUAUGGUAGAAGCUGAGGACCCCUCCGCAAUCAAGUAUGAUGUUGUUGUCCAUGAUUGCUUCUCUGGAGGGGGAGUACCUGAACAUCUCUUCUCCAUCGAGUUUUGGAAUGAUCUCAAGACUAUCCUAAGUCCAGAAGGCGUCGUCGCAGUGAACUUUGCUGGAAAACUUGCAUCCGACUCAUCACAAGCAAUACUCGUCACUUUGCUGCGAGCAUUUGGGCAAUGCAGAGCCUUCCAUGACCAUGUUGAGCCCAUCUCCCUGGAGCAUUUUCACUCACAUUUCGUCAAUAUUGUCUUCUUUUGUACCCCAUCUCCAACACCACUCACAUUCCGAUCUGCAGUCGAAGAGGACUAUCUUCACUCAUAUCUUCGCCGUCACAUUCUAUCCAGUCUUGACAAACGGGAAAUUAAUCACGCCCAAUUUGGCGACAGCUCUAUCUGGUCGACUAUGGAAGAAAAGUUCGUUCUGACUGAUGCGCAUAACACGUUGAACACAUGGCAGGAAGGAGAAGCGCUUGACCAUUGGAAACUUAUGAGGGAGAUGGUACCAGAUGUAGUAUGGGAGACUUAUUGAGGGCGGCGACAUGAUAUUAUUGCUGUAUCCUGUACGAAAAUCACAGGCUCCGGCUCAGGUCCUAUCUCUUGAUGAUUG